GAAGGUGUAGAGUGUUCAGAGUGAUUUAAUGAAGUAUAUCUGUGUAAAUAGAAGUUAGAGCUGAUAAAAGUAUUGUAAAUAGCGGAUAAUGAUAAAUGAAAAUUAUAGAAAAAUAUACUAGAAUAAAAUGAUAAAGAUAUGUAGCAACAGCAGGGAGCAGUUAAUAGUAAAAUUUAUUGAUCAUAUAAUAAAUAGAUCUAUUUAUUUAAUCAUCUGAGUCAUAAUAGGAUUCAUUAUAGUUUAACACAGUUGCAAAAAUUAAGAGGUCGUGUGCAAAUGCUCAGAAUCACCAAAAAGAAAAUUAUUCUGAACUGAUUUACCAAACCUGUUUACAGCCAAAUUUGACGGUCAAAGGGGAAAUAUCAUCAAUAUCUGGAUAUGUCCUUAUCUAGACAUAUAGCUAGAGGGAUACGGCAUGGUGGUGGUCGAUCCAUCAUACGACAUCAUCGAAAUUUGCUGAUUCAUACUACUAAUCUUGAUGAGGGUAUUACCUUACCUGAACAUAUCAUUAUUGAAUAUUUAAAAUCAGAUCAUAAUGAUCAUAAUGACAUACAAACUAUAGAGAAAUUAAGUUCCAUCAUUCUGAAUUUACCCAUUAACAAACAAUCGACCAUUUUAAAUGAUGUUAAGGAAGGUAAUCAUCACCCAUCAUCAACAUUGAUAUUGAAUAUUCAAUUACAAUUGGGAUUAAAACGAUUAUCCCAAGAAUCAAACCAUAAUGAAGUUUAUAAAUUCAUCGUUCAAACCAUCAACUCUCAUGAAUCAAUCCCCUUCCAACCCCAAUUACUUGAAACCUUCUUAUUCAAUCUCUUACAUAUCGAUAACAUAACUUCAGUCUCAUCAUUACUUCAUAUUUUAUUCAAUGCAUCUCCCCAUAUAUCAUUCUCCAAUCAAUUCUGGUCAUUGUUAUUAGCGAAGGUAUGCCAAUCAAGUCAUUAUCUUGGCGCAUUGAUCAUUUAUCAUCAUUUAGUGGAUAAUUAUCAAUUCUAUGAUCAAGAGAAUUAUACCAGUUAUGCAAAUAAUUAUAAUAAUCAUAUUCAAUUUUUAUUAACUCCAUCAGUUAUUGAAAACUUGGCCGUUAUAUUCCUGAAUAAUAAUAAUUCAAGUCAUAUCAAGGGUCUUCAACAAUAUUUUAAACGAUUUUAUUCAUACGUCAAUGAUAAAAAAACUUUAAAAUCAUUAAAAAUCAACUUGAUUGAAUGUUAUAGUAAUCAAACUAAUCUUAAAUCGGCAUUGUAUCAUUUCCGAGAUUUUAAUUAUAAUCUAAGAGGGAAUUAUACGUUUAAUAAUAAUAGUGAGAGUAGGACGAGUGAUUCAGCCAAGAUGAAUUGGUCCAAAAUUGAGAAUUUACAACGAAUUUCAAAUGAAAUUAAUCAUCAAUGGAAUAUCAAUAAUAUAGAAUCCAAUAUCAACACCAUUCCAACAUAUCCUGAUGAUUUUAAAUCUCCCAUUGAUGAAAUUCAUGAACAAUUAUCAUCUAAUUUGUAUAAUCCCGAUUAUGAAAAGAAUAUUUAUUCAAAUCAACAUAAUUCUCAAUCAUUAGCAUUGAUAAAUGGUUUGAUUCAAACCAAUGAUUUACCUUCAUUCCAAUCUUUAAUCACGAAUUAUAUCAGAGAUACCAGGAAUUCCCUGUCGUCAAGUGAUUUAGCCAAUAAUUUAUUAUCAUUCAUAAACUCAAAUCAUUUCAAUUUAUCAACAUUUGUCAUUAAUGGACUUGCUGAAUUGACCUUGUUUAAUGAAGCAUAUCUUGUAUUAUCUCAAUUAUCAAAUACGUUUAAUAAAGUCCAUGAACGGAAUUUAAUCAAAUUAGAGAAUUUCUCCAACGUCUUUCAUCAUCUUGAUGCGCAAUUAAACCAAGCGUUUGAACCUCAAGUAUUGGAGUUCUUGAUAAAGUUUAUCCAAUUUUAUCAACAGUUGGAUCACAAGUUUGAUAAUUCCUUACCAUCUCAGAUAUAUAUCGAUUACCUUGAAGUAUCCUUAAAUCACAGUUCAUUAGAAUCAUUAAAUUCAUCCCAUAUCUUACCAUACAUAACCAUCCUCAAAUCAAAAUCAAUCCCAUGUAUAUAUCUAACUAAAGAAGCUUACGAAUUACUUUUUCAAAUCUGUAAUGAUUCUGAAAAAGAUCAUUAUUUCCACUCUGGAUUUAUAAAAAAAACUUAAAUUCGUCACCUGUACAUAUAUAAUUA